CCCUGUGGGACCUCGGGCCUGGCAGUGAGCACGUCCCCCCGGUUACAGCACCCGAGGCAGGAGGUGCCUGGGAGGGACACCCCGCUGCUGCUGCAGCAACAACAACCGGGGGAGGGGCGGCGCCGCCGCUCGGGUGUGUAGCGAGCCCCCUGAGGGACUUGCUGGCCACACCACUCCUUGUACCCGCGCUAGGCCGGCGGUGCGCGGGGCAUGUGCGCUACCUACCACUGCAAGACAUGGAGACAAGGAAAUUAGAUGGAAGUUUCUUUAAAACUGCCCUGAAUAAAGAUGAAGUUGAAAAUAUUCUCAGUGAAAUUAGUAAUCUUAAAAUGACUGAGAGAGAGAAUGGCAAAUACAGUAAAAAUAAUGAAGUCAAAUGUGAAAGCCUUUGUCCAGCUCCUCAGAACAUUUGGUGUCUUGGUCUGCAAACUCCAAGAACUCCUGCUCCAGGGAUCCUACAACUGUUGCCAUCUCAAUCAUCUGAUUUUGUGGGAGAAGAAGAUUACUCUUCAAAAAAAAUUCCCAAAUUAGGAGAAUGGAGUACAACAACUUUUAAAGACAAUAUUAUUCCCACAGGGAGAGAACUUCCUCGUACCCCAUUAUGCACAAAUCAACAAGGGAAAUUUUUACUAAAAGCUUUAAAGGACGAUGCAGUACUGAAUGAGAGACAUUCAACAGGUGUAGUUGGACCUAGUCAUUCAGAAUGUGAAACACUUAAGUUACAGAGUGAUGCUGAUGUGCUGGAGAAACUUUUGAGGGAGGAGACUUCUGUAAAGACUUGUGCCUCAAAUGCAUGGGUUUACACUAGGAACAAAGAUUCCAUUUGCCAAUGUAUGCAGCAGCCUGAUGACAACCACAUCAUCUCUGGCAAUACAGAAAAUGGCAAGGAGGUGGCACCACCUCUAGUUGAGGAUGAGCAAGAAUUACAAGAAAUAGUUGAACCUCUGCAAGGUUCUCCAGUACCAAAGUGUUUCACUACUACAACAAAAAGGACAAGACUAAGUCAGAUACCAGUUCAAGGGUUGAGUGAGAUGAAUAUAUCAAUGAUGGUUAACAGAAUAAAAGGCUACGAAUGCACUAAAGAAGAUAUGGAAUUUCUUCGACACAUGAAAAACCAAGAACAAGCACAGAAAUUGAAGGCAAAAUAUUUACAUCUACAAAAGGAACUAACCAGCAUGGUUCAGACAAAGGAGCUGCUAUUAGCACAGCGAGAGAAAGUGCAAGAAGAGAUUGUACAAAUGAAAACAUCUUGUAAUAGAACAGUCCAACUUGGAAGAGCCUUCCUGGGUAAGAAAAUGGAUCCUGCCGUUCUCGAAGCAUUGCCACCAAAAGCUGUACUUGGACAGCUGAAUCCUGUGAAACUGCAGCAUGUUCAACAGCAAGAGAAGGCUGAACUUCAGGCACUUACAAAAGAGCUAAAGAAGUUAAAACAUUCCAUUGCCCAACUGCCUCAGAAACAGGGAAUAAGGCUGGAAAGAGAGUCUUAUAAACAACGGAUACAGGAAGUGAAACACAGAGUACAGAAAGCACAAGAAGAUGUGGAGAAUCUGAAGUGCAAAGUUGAAGCAGCACAGUCAAAACUAGCAGAAGUUCAGGCACACCUGUGUAAUACAAGAGUUGAAAUAGAGAAGUGGCACAGUUUGAAAGAGAAGACAACUGUUUCUCAGCCACGAGAGAAUGCCCAAGAUUCUGUCAAUGAUUAUCUUAAGAGAAGACUUAACAGAAUCUUGCGAAGAACAGAUCUCUUUUUAGAAAGGGAAAAAAUAAUUGAAAGACUUAAUCUUUUGCAAUGAGACCCCCUUGCAAAAAUCUGAUCGCUAGGUCAAAGAGGCUUUUAGGGCUGCCACUGUACAUACAGAUCUCUCCCCGUUGGGCACCUGAGUUUUCCAAAUUCUAUAACCUGUCUGUGUUGAAAGUGUGAACAGAUCUGCAGUAUUAACAACAGUUAAGAUGCAGCCAGAAUCAUGAAGAUGGGGUUAAUGGCUAUUUAGAGUCCUCUAUGUGAAAGUUGAGUUUUAAAUGACACUGUAAAUACAGGUUUUUUCUUUGGUACUAUUUUCAAGUAAGGAGACUAAGGUGUUCAAACCACUGGGUCUGAAACAAUUAAUCAGUCAUCUAGGAGGAGGAAUUAAAUCCCUUAGGAAUUUUGCACACUGGAAGGAGUUAAUCCUGGUGUCACUUUGUAUCUAAAAUUAACAACUAUAAAAUAUAUUUUAUUGAUUAGUACCUAGGAAUUAAGAUGGGCAGUACUUUGUAAUCACUCCUCGUGUACAAUGGUGGGGGUGGGGGAAGCCUUUCCCUAAACUGUUUUUGAUUACUUGUUUUAAAGCAGGUGCUAAUAAGUUACUGAUGCCCUAGAGCCAGAUGUCUAGUUACAUUCAGCAUAUUAAAAUAAGUUUUUACAAAAUGCACAGCUAAUGGAAAUAGUUUAUUAGUGAGAGUGAGUUUGUCUUAAAUGUGUUCCUUGACACAGAAUUACCUAAACUGGCAUCAGCCCCCUCUUGUUAAAUAUAUCAUGGAAGAACUAGAUUCACCAAAAAGUAAAUACAUGUUGUCACACAAGGGUAGAUGCUAUACUAGCAUCCUACAAAGAAUGGAGGAAAGAGCAACUUAGAGGCAUAGGCCAGAAAGUGUAAUAGACUCCCAGCUUUGGUUUAACAGAGCUAAAAAUGACUCCACCCUACACAAGCAGUAUGCAAGCCAUUCAAGUAUUAGAGUCAAGAAAGACAAGGGUACACGCUACUAUAUCAGUCUAGAUUUUUCUUAUGAGUUCUACAUAAUCAUUCCUGAGCAUGAGACAUAUGUACAAUUUAUUCAAAAUACAUAAAAAUCUCACUAUUUAUACAAUCUAAAGUCUAGCAAUAUAUACAAAUACAGAGUAACUACAGUACAGGCUGAGGUAAGAAAAUACAUUCUAGGAGAACAGCCAUUUCCAUAGUCAAUUACAGUGAUUUUUGUAUCUAUUAUUGCUAUAGAAUAAACAACCCCUCAAUGUACCUCUGGUUUUACUGUACAUGGGACAAUGCCACAUGUAGUUCUGCAUCUUACAUUCAGUUAAAAUCUACAAUACGGGCCAUUAGCUCAAGUUUGAUGCUGAACUGUAUGUUAGGCACAUGAUCCUGGCAUGGUAAAAAUGACUAAAUUAAACAUGUUUAAUUUGAGCAGAUGUACAUUAGCAACAUUUUAUCUUGCAACAUAGACAUUUCAUGCAAGAGGCAGAGAGUAAAAGUGGCAAAAUCAACUUAAACUUAGCUUUUGUAAACCUGGAAAGAGAAGUAUAAAAUAUUUUGGCUUUUUUUUUUUUAAGACAAACAGUAACAGCUUCAUCAACUGUUUUCUAAACAAACUUACUGCAUUGGAGGGAUUUUGCUUCUAGAGGUUUUUCUACUGAAAUUCUGAUCUGCCUUAAGAAAUGAGUGCCUUUGAAUAAAUUCCCUUGUAUUUAUGUGCUAUGGCUGGGGUACAGACAGAUGUUAGACCCCACUUUCCUAUGGCAGCUGGUUAAAGCAAAUCUUUACCUUUUUUCCUGCACCACUCAAGUUAUUGUGAAAUAAGCUCCGCUAAGCCUUUUCUUUAAAAAAGGGUCAUAAUUUCUUUUGGCUAAAGCUUUGAUCUCAGUUUUGACAAUUCAUUUGUUAAAUUUAUUUCAAAGCACUGAUGUGUGCAGAUUGCCCAUAGGUAGCACUACAAUAUUUUUUUUAUCCAGAAUAAGUUUGUCAGAUACAUUUAAGAGCUAGAGUCUCCAAACUUUAAACAAAUACAUUUAGGAAAAUACCACAGAUAGAACAGUCACCAGCUGUGGGAAUUUUAACAAAUAUUUAUGUAAUCUUUUCAUUAAAUAAUGGACUAGUACAAAUAAGUAAUAGGGCUAGUAAUUGAAACUUUUAUUGGAAGGCAGAGGCUUGUAGGCCACUGAGACUUAAAAUAUUCACAUUUAGAGGCCAAUCCUACAAAACUUUAUUCUCAUCAGUAGAACCAGUCACGUGAGUAAGAGUUUGCAGGAUCAGGCCUUAAAACACAGUGCACAUAAUUCCAAAUGGUUACUAUCACAAACGUGAUUAGUCUUAGUACCUCAGUAACAGGAGAAAAAUAAGUUAUGUAUCACAUUUUUGUAAAAACUCAAAAUCAAGGGAAAAGGCAGAGUAAAGCUUUCCAAUUUGCAGUAAGAAUGAAGUAAGAUGCUACGAAAUACAAUUUUCUAACAUUUGGGCUUGGCAGUCACCUUUACCAGCAUUAGUUUAUAUCUAUAUUUAGUAGUUGUACGUCCAAUUAUACAGGCCUUGGACAAAAAACGAGGCUCAUUUGAAUCAAAAGAAAAGUCCAUAAAACUGGGCUACUGUGUAUGUAAGGAUGUCACCUUUAUAAACCUUUUCAGUAGCCUCCCAACAGUGCCAUUAUACUAUUAAAAAAAAUAAAGCUAUUUAAAGAAGUUUUUCACUACUCACCAUUAUUUGUUUAAUCAAAACAAGGUAUGCAUUGUUUCUACAAGAUAAAUGUCUAAGUGAUUAAAACAAUUUGGUGGUGGUGUAUUUUUUUAAACAGCAUCCAGAGAAGUUUUAAUUUUCAUUUGACAAGAUUAAACUAAGCUAUGGAGCUUUUUAUCUCAUCUACAUGUAGGUAGAAGUAGACUAAUCUCUUUCAGAAGACCAUUUCUCUUAAUAUGAAAUUCAGCACAGCUUUAAUUCUAAAAUAAAAAUACUGCAGGGACAGUUGAAACAAUCAAGUAUAUGAUGAAUCCAAUGGGUUACAUAGUAGCUUUUAAACUGUUGCACACUUUAAAAUAAAUCUCCAUUUGUUAAGACUUGGUAAUUUUCACCCUUCAUUCUAGAGAUGAGCAGUCACGUUUACAAGUCCAGAGGACCAAAUUUUCAAAUGCAC